GCUCCGUUUUAGAAAAGAAGUAACAGAGCGAAGUAAUUACUAGCACAGAAGCAGAGAUGGCAGAGAGUGAAGAAAACAAAGCGAUUACAAGCAGAGAAGCAAAGCAGCAAAAAGCGCAAGGACCUUGGUUUUCAUUAUUCCCAGGGUUUCGUAUACCAUUUGCUCCGUUGAAGCAAGAAACCAAGGUGGCUACGACUAAUACAGUCGAUGAAGAGAGCAAGGCACAGAAACCAGAGUUUGUGAGCUUGCCUGAUGCGCGGCAAGAGUAUUCACCGUUGAAGUUGGAAGUUGACGAGGCUGUGCAAGGUUCGAGCUCUCGAGUCUUGUGGCAGGUGUAUGCUCUUGGAGGUUUCAUGGUUCUAAGGUGGAUAUGGGCUAGGUGGAAGGAGAGGAGGGCUAAAGAUGAUUCGUCAGGUGAACCCUCCCCUGGAGAUGACGGAUAUCUCUAGUCUCUACGCAUGAGUGGUCAUCAUUUGCUGUGAGUCAUCAAUGUAUGCUUUGCUAACUAAGGGAAUCCCACCCAACAAUUUGUCUCUUUUCACAUCUGGUUUGUAAGGCCGGAUUUAGGGUAGUUGAGCUGGUGUUGAACUUUUUCUAGUGGUAUUGAUUUUAGCUCAACUCACCUAUGCAAGAGGAAAUUCAAAGUUAAGAAGCAGCAAUCUUUUCUUUGUUCUGAGUCAACGGUGUAUGCUAUUGCUAUGUUCACUAGGGAAUCCUGCCCAAAAAACUGACUCUUUUUCACC